GCUUCCUGUGUGUGGGGGAGGGGCUGCUUGUGGCUGCCGGGAGGGGAUUUGGAAGAGAGGAAAGUGGAAAGAGAAAGAGACAGACAGAGAGGAGGCGCAGAAGGCCAGUCCCUCCCACAAGGAGCCAAUGGGAAUGUGGGAGGAAGCGAGUGACCCAGUGAUGGGGAAGAAGGAUAAAAAUGAGGAGCGGAAGGAGAGAAUCCUGAAUCUCACACUGGAGAUUAUCUAUCUGCUGACUGGAGAGGGCUACGUCAUCCCUAAGAAGAAGAGCCCAACUGUGGGUUUGGGGGCCCUGCAUGCCCCUGGCUCCGUCAUACAGAAGGAAAAUGACAAGAAGAUCCUGGAACUCAUCUCCAACAUCAUCCAGCUGCUGACUGGAGAGGUUGCCAUAAGGUGUGAGGAUGUUUCCAUCUAUUUUUCCUUGGAGGAGUGGGAGUAUAUAAAAGGAAACAUGGCCCAUUACAAGGAAAAGAUAAAGGAGGAGGAGGAGCCCCAACAGCUCCGCCCACUGGACGGUGAAUAUGAAGAUAAGAGAGAGAUUCCAGCUGAUCUGGGAGGAACAUUAUGUUAUAAUAAUGAGCCAAGCAAGAUUGGGGCUGAAGGGGCAGAUUUUUGUGCCGACGGAAAUAUCUCAAACCCUGAAAUUUCUCCAGCGGAACAGCCCCCACCGGCCUAUGGGAUCAACGAGGAGGCGGCUUUAUGUGAAUGGGGAAACCAAUCAGAUUGCAGCAUUAAUCCCCUUACAGAACAGAUACAGGGAACAGACACACCUACUCCUAUCAUGGGGUGCAGCCUGAAUAACAGCUGGGCAGAGGAUUAUAUAUUUCAGAAUAUAAAAGAGGAGGCGGCUUCAUCUGAAGAAGAAAACCUUUCUGAUAUCAGAAUUAUUACUGUUUCAGAAUCAAUACUGGUAACCAAUACAUCUGCUCCUGUGAUGGGAUGGAGCCUAAAUACCAGCUUGUCACCAUCAUGUGAAGGGGGAAACCAAUCAGAUUGCAGCGGAACUCAUGCUGAACAAGAACCUUUGUCUUGUGUUGAAUCCGAUGCAGGAGAGAAGCCGUUUUCUUGUUCUGAAUGCGCAGAAAGUUUUUCAUGUCGAUCAGACCUUGACGAUCAUCAGAGAAUUCACUCAGGAGAGGAGAAACCAUUUGCUUGUCCUGAGUGCGGUAGAUGUUUUCGUCAUCGCAGAUAUCUCAGUUAUCAUCUUAAUAUUCAUGCGGUAAAUAAUCAGGUUCCUUGUUCUGAAUGUGGGGAAUGUUUUGAUACUCCUUUAGAACUUACUGUCCAUCAACGAACCCACACAGGGGAGAACCCUUUUUCUUGUUCAGAUUGUGGGAAUUGCUUUACUAGCUCAGCGGAUCUCACUGUCCAUCAACAAAUCCACAUAGGGGAGAAACUUUAUUCUUGUUCCGAUUGUGGGAAGUGCUUCACUAGCUCAACAGAACUUAUUGCCCAUCAGAGAACCCACCCAGGGGAGAAACCAUUUUCUUGUUCUGAAUGUGGGAAAUGUUUUGCCAAAUCAACAGAACUUGCUGCCCAUCGACAACGAAUCCACACUGAGAAACCUUUUUCUUGUUCCGAAUGUGGGAAGUGCUUUACUAGUGCAUCAAAACUUACUGUCCAUCUACGUAUCCACACGGGGGAGAAACCUUUUUCUUGUUCGGAAUGUGGGAAGUGCUUUACCAGCUCAACAGAACUUACUGUCCAUCGACGAACACACACAGGGGAGAAACCCUAUUCGUGCUCCAAAUGUGGGAAAUGUUUUACCACUUCAUCACAACUUACUCUCCAUGGACGAACCCACACAGGGGAGAAACCUUUUUCUUGUUCCGAAUGUGGGAAGUGCUUUAGUUGCUCAAAAGGACUUACUGCCCAUCAGAGAACUCACACAGGGGAGAAACCUUAUUCUUGUUCUGAAUGUGGGAAAUGUUUUGUCAGAUCAUCAGACCUUACUGUUCAUCGAAGAAUCCACACAGGUGAAAAACCUUUUUCUUGUUCUGAAUGUGGGAAGUGUUUUCCAUGUUCAUCGGACCGUAAAAAUCAUUACAGAAUCCACACAGGCGAGAAACCAUACUCUUGUUCUGAAUGUGGGAAAUGUUUUGGCUCUUCAUCAGAACGUGCAGUCCAUCGAAGAACCCACACAGGGGAGAAACCUUUUUCCUGUUCUGAAUGUGGGAAAUGUUUUUCAUAUUCAUCAGACCUUAAGUAUCAUCGCAGAACCCACACAGGGGAGAAACCGUUGUCUUGUUCUGAAUGUGGUAAACGUUUUACACAACACAGAAGUUUACGAAUACAUUUCCAGAGUCACACAGGAGUAAAACUAUAAGCUUGGCACAUCUUAUUAUGCAUUUCAGCCUUUGCAGAGGAGAGGAACAACUUUUACACAAUAGAAUGUAUCCAUAGCACAAUCCUUAGACCAAUCCCGUCCAGCUGAAGACUCCGGGGCAUGUGCCCCAUAAUGCUCUUUCCACGGCACUGGCGAGAGAGACAUCAUUUCAUGCUUAGUUCCCAGACACUGGAAUAUAUCUCCCCCUCCCCCCAACAGAUAAUAUUCUGGGUUUUAUUGAACAAGAAGGGACAUAUUCCAAGGGGUACGAGCCCCCCAGGGUAUCACUUGGGCAGAUGCUGUUCCCUAAUGCUCACACAGUAGGUAACAUAAUGGGGAUAUACCCAGCUGGGAAUGACUACUCGGUUACAAAUGCUCUUACUAUAACUUAGAAGGGGGGUUAUAAAUGUGUUCCAAGAUGUACAAAGUAAAUAAAAAAAAUCAUCUUUC